AUGGCACUAGUCCUGCUCUCGCUUCUCAGCCUCGUCUCUGCGCACACGGUCAUAACAUAUCCUGGUUGGAGGGGAGACAAUCUACGGUCGAAUGGCACAACGGUAGAAACAAAUGGCUUAGGACAAUAUGCUAUCGGACAAUCCGUGGCACAACAGGACUACCUUUAUCCAUAUGGAAUGCAGUGGAUGUAUCCUUGCGGUGGUAUGCCCACCUCGCAAAAUCGUACCAAAUGGCCGGUAAAAGGUGGUGCGGUCGCAUUCCAACCUGGGUGGUUCCAAGGCCAUGGAACAGCCUUCAUCUACAUCAAUUUGGGUUUGGGGACAACCCCUCAAAAUAUGUCCAACGUCAUGCUCAACGGAGUUCAAAUCAUCGGGCCCAGCAAAGAUCCAUACCCAGGAUCUUUCUGUUUCCCCCAAGUGCCUCUUCCUGCCAAUGUGACCGUCAAUGUCGGCGAUAACGCAACGAUCCAGCUCAUCGAGACUGCAGUCCACGGCGCCGCGCUGUACAACUGUGUCGACAUCACCUUCGCUGAACCCGAAGACGUCCCCGAAGUCAAUGCCAGCAACUGUUUCAACUCGAGUCAGAUCACCAGUGACCUGAUCUUCACCACGGCUUCUCUGUCAUCUGACUCAACGGAACUAUCCACCAGUCGGUAUGGCUAUCUGAGCACUGCACUGGCCGUGGCUUUAGGCCUCCUACUACUGUGA